GUGUGGGUAAACUCAUUUUAGCUCUUAUUAUGAAAUCAGAUAUUUUGACAAGAAGAUUAUUAUACGUUGAAAAACACGGAAUGUCUGGCGCUGUGUAUCCAGCUGGCGAGAAAUUGCGAGACCUUGGUACUGUCGUCGUCGACAAGCCUUCGGAAAUGGGAAACGCCAAAGGCAACGGAAAUGUACAAGUUUUGAAGACCCCCGAAUUUCUCAAGUAUGUAAGCUUGGUUUUGCUGACACUACAGAAUGCCCUGCUUAUUCUGAUAAUGAGAUAUGUACGAACACGAAAGGGAGACAUGUUUUUUGCAACCUCAGCAGUAGUGUGGUCAGAGCUGAUUAAGGCAGUCACAUCUCUUUUCAUUAUCCUGUAUGAGGAAAGGAGUGUUUGGAAGUGGCUGAGACAUCUUUAUGAAAACAUAAUUCUGCAGCCAGUUGACUGCCUGAAAGUAUCAGUUCCUUCAUUUAUAUAUGUGCUGCAGAAUAAUCUCCUCUACAUAGCAGUUUCAAACUUAGAAGCAGCAACUUUUCAGGUGACAUACCAGUUGAAGAUCUUGACCACAGCUGUUUUCUCUGUCAUAAUGCUUCGUAAGCAGUUGGCCAGUCUGCAGUGGGUUUCUUUGGUUAUACUUUUUGUUGGCGUGUCUGUUGUUCAGCUACAAGCCUCUGGUGAUGAUGACAAGAAACACACAGAUGAGGCAAAGGCUACAAUACAGAAGGAAGGAGCUGUUGAACAGAAUCCAGUCAAGGGCUUUAUUGCUGUGUGUGUGUCCUGUGUGCUUUCUGGCUUUGCUGGUGUCUACUUUGAGAAGAUUCUUAAAGGAACAAGUCAGUCAGUUUGGCUGCGUAACGUGCAGCUAGGUGUGCUGGGUGUGUUAAUUGGUGUGAUCACAAUGUUUAUCAAGAAUGGUCAAGAGGUUCAAGAGAAAGGAAUGCUGUAUGGCUUUGACUAUGCCGUUUGGAUUGUUGUGUUUCUUCAGUCCUUCGGAGGCCUGGUGGUUGCUGUUGUUGUGAAAUAUGCUGAUAACAUUUUAAAAGGCUUUGCCACAUCUGCAGCAAUAAUUUUGUCAUGCAUAGCUUCAAUGUACUUUUUUGAUUUUCACCUCACCAUUUUGUUUUCUGUUGGCGCCUCUCUUGUCAUCCUAGCUGUGUAUAUGUACAGCAAAUUUGUACCACAACCUGUAAUAACAUUGAAGAUACCUGCCCCAACAACUCGUCAGGUUUGAUCAUAUAUUCCAUCACUAAUGCCUUUGUGUUUCAUCCAGUUUGGUGAUUUUUGUGUAUACAUGUUAUGUGUUUAUUAUAUAUAUAUUUGUGUAUAUUUUACGUGUACAAAUCUAGUGUUCUUCUCCUUAAACUGAAAAAUAACUAGGACUAGGAAAACAAAUGGUUCUUUUUUAGUGACAGGCAGGGUCAAGAAAAGGGUCAGGUGAAAGAAAAGAAAGGUCUUGCUUUUAGUUUAUUUUUAAAUUUACAUUUUUAGUGCAUAAAUUUGGGGUUUACUUUUUUUUAAAAUGAAGAUUAUAUUGAGUAACAGUUAUUGUAUUUGUGUAACUCAGAGUCUGAAAAUGGACACAACUUUGAUUUCAGUAUCUUAGAAAAAAAAUAAGGUAAAAUAACUUUCAGUGUGGAUAUUGUUAAGGGUAUAAAGAGUGGAAUUUUGUUUUGCUGAGUUUAGUUCAUUCAAAGAUACAAAUGUUCCUUAUGCUGAAUCACAGUAGAUUAUUAUGUCUGUCUCUGAAGUGUUUGUCUCAGUACUUUAGGAAUAUAUUUUUGUUUUCUGUUUAAAAUUUUUUGCUAAUGACAUUCUGCAUGAGUAGAAUUUCAGAUUGAAAAUUUGCUGUGAAAUUUAUUGUAUGGAUAUUUCAUGACUUAAGAAUUAUCCCUCAAUAUUAUUCUUAGUACUUGCACUUUGAUCAUAUAUUUGACAUAUGUGAAAGUGUUAUGUUUUUACAUUAUCAGUUAAAUUAUGCACCAGAACUGCCAUGAAAAGCAAAACCAGUCCAGAGUUUAUCUUAAUUCUGGAGAAGUCUUUGCAUGCAUUAUAUUAGUAAUUUCCUUCUCAACCUUGCAUCUGUAGCUUUUGGCCAUUUUUUCAUAUAUUCAUUUGCUUGUAGUCAAUACCUUUGUUUUUACGUUUAGGCAGCCUACUAGAAGGCAGACAGCUGUAUCAUAUUUAGAUAGAAUUUAGUAUAACAUUCCUAUAUUUCUUUUAUGAUUUUAGAAAGAAAGGACAUAAGAGUAAGGUUCAUGUUCAAGUAUUUGUACAUGCAUGCACAACAGCUCUGAAAAGGAAAACAUUCUCAGGGGAAUGCAUGUACAUAUAUUUAGAAUUAGCCAUUCUUAUGGUACAGUGUCACUUGCUGAAAGUGUUUAAGUUGGGGAAAAAUUCUUUUUUUUUUCCAGUUUUGAUGCACGAGAAUAACAAUUUCAAGGAGUUAGUGAACCUUUAAUGAUAUGAAUGUGCCUGCUAUUUUCUAGAUACUUUUUCCUAUUAAACAGUUUGGAGCUGUGUAUCUUUCAGAUAAUAGAAUUCAUCUUUAAACAAGCAACUGUUCGUUUCUUAAAAUUUUUGAAAGGGCACACUCUCAAUACCCUGUCAAAACUAAUAACUAACGUGCCCAUAGACGUGUAUCAUGAUCUGUUUUUGUAUAUAUUAAACUGAGGUGACUGAAUCACCACCCUUACUAAACACCUUUUAUAAGUGUUCUCACCUUUUAAAAUGUUACAGAGAAAGUAGGAAACAGGCAACUUUUUUUUUUUAACAUUUACAAAAAGGGUUAAAACAUAAACCUUUUAAGACAUAGGUUAUAAAAGAUGUGUACAUGUCCAUGUUGCAGCCCUAUACUCCUCGAGGAUUGUUAGUUUAUUUCUUGUUACUCCUUGAGGAGCAUAGGGCCACAACAACACUUUGCCAGUCGACCCAGUUUUGGGCAGUCCCCCUCAGUUGGGCCCAUGUGGUUCUGACAUCCUUUGCCUCGCUCUACUGUUCUUUUCCAAGUCUGCUUUGGUCUCCCAACUCUCGUCUUCCCCUGAGGGUUCCAGUCAUGUGCAUGCCUGGAAAUGGUGCCUGCUGGUUUGCACAGGGUGUCUUAUCCAGCCCCAUUUUUGCUUUGUGAUGUCUUGGCUAGUGGCAUUCUGGUUGGUUCUUUUCCAAAAGCUGCUGUUGGAGAUCUUUUCAGGCCAUCUUAUUCCCAGAA